AUGGGUGAUGGCAACAGAAGCAGGUCGCCACCGCCCAGAAGUGGCAAAUUCUGGUGGGUUCAGAUGGGUGAAGAUGAAAGCCGUAUCACAAAGAUAUUCGAAGCAAACCUUGGGCAUCAGAAGGAUAUCGAUGACUUCCUUGCGGAAGCACGCAAUAUAGCGAAUAUCACAGUGUCUGUUCUCGACAUGAAGCUGUUCGAGGACCGCGGAUCAGACCGACCUCUGGAUCGGGGAGGCUCUAUGAAUGAGGUGAUGGGCGGCAUUGACAAAUCUGCUCCACUGGUU